GGGGACCGCCUGCGCCCCGACGCCCCGGACGGGGCUCCUCGAGGCUCCGGGGGAACCGCGGCGCCCCCUCACCGGCCGCUCGAGGAAGGGGGCCCCCGGGGGCCGGGAGCCCGGAGCGCCACGGUCCCAUCUUCUCUCCGCUCCUGGUGCCAGACAGUAUCUCUGACCUGGUGUCAGGCUCGCUGGAUCUCGCGCCUGAGGCAUUUCCACCUUAGUACUCCAGACAAUAGAGCCGGUUAAAAUGGUCAUCUGGGCAUUCGCACAGUUGGUGGGGUUGGUCUUAUGCUAGGUGAUUUCUUUACCAGGUGUGCGUUCUGGCGGUGAAUACGCGUUCCUUAAGCCGCGUCCGAUUCUACCUGUCUACUCUAAAAGCCCUCGACUGCUUCCUGACGGGGAAGCCAGCAUCUCCCCCCCGCCCUCCAUCGCACAUUAUCGCGCACCGCACAUAUUUUCUAGCAAAUCUCUGUUCUUACCUAACCCGCCCCCCCUUCCUUUCACCGCCUCAAGCUGCUCUCCUCAGGGUCUCUAUUUUAAGACGUGCAAAUUAAAUACUUUAGAAAAACGGUAGAAACAAAACCAUUCUUUAGAAUAAAACCUUGUGUUUUUGGCGUACUCUACUCUGCCUCAUUGUAGUUGUUCUGGAGUUUCAUCCUUUCCUUUUUUUUUCUUUUUUCCCUUUCCACUUUUCAUCCUAUUCAGCGUUUCUCCUUGUUAGUGCGAAGGUACCAGAGUUUGGAUAUGCAAUAACAGGAUUCUUUUUCAGAAUGUCUGUGUAAGGUGAAGGGCAUCGGAAAACUUGAGUGGUUUUUGUAGCUGUUGUUCUUAGAAGUUUUGCUUACUGUGAAGAAGUCCGUUUCCAAAAAGAAGGGGCAUAUGUCAUUGUGUCAUAACUCAUUUUUCGUCUUGCCCUGCUGAUCCUGACUGAGGCAGCCGAAUUCCGACCAUUUUUUUUUUUUUUUUUUUAGCAUCAGAGCCAAGUUCACAAAUUUUCCUCUCACAAAUUUACCAGAGUUAGCAAUUUAAGUUUUUAAUGUAAAUAAUGUGACCGUAGUGAGAUUACUUAAUCUGAUCCCAGUAUUUUUAAAAACGAAAUUGAUUCCAUUCCUCUUAAGAAACAUGGCUUAAUGCCAUGCUGUUUGCCCUUUAGUUACAUGAAAAGAAGACAUUUUUAAUGUGUAUUUUUGUAUAAGUACACAUUUUUAACGAGUCUAAAAACUAAACAGAUUUCACAGUUAGGAAGAGCUUACACAAAACUUUUGAACUGUAUUGUUCAGUGGUUGAAUUCCAAAGCCAUCAGCUCAUAUUAUUUUUUUCUCAUCAGCUCUUAUCAGUGUUAGUUGAAAGAUUUGUCAGCUGUUACUUAUUAGUAAACAGUAUAUAUUAGUAUAUAGUAUCUAAGAAUUACUUAAGUAGAGCUAUGAGUGACUGACACUUUCUUGAGGUUGUCAUCUCAAACCGUGUUACUUUUAAACUGAUCUCUCUUGUAGAGCUAGGGGGCAGUGUGGAGUAGUAUCAUGGUUUGGCUAUCGGUGAGAUCAAGGCAUUUGUAAUUGAAGGCACAGGUCAGAUCAAGAAAGAGCACUCAGAUCCUGAACUGUGGGCAUGGUUUACGUCUGUAAAAUCAUUUCAGGUGGCGAUAAAAAUAAUAGAUAAAUCUCAGCUGGAUGAAGUGAACCUUGAGAAAAUCUACCGAGAAGUAAAAAUAAUGAAACUGUUAGACCACCCUCACAUAAUAAAACUUUAUCAGGUAAUGGAGACCAAAAGCAUGUUGUACCUUGUGACAGAAUAUGCCAAAAAUGGAGAAAUUUUUGACUACCUUGCUAACCAUGGCCGGUUAAAUGAGUCUGAGGCCAGGCGCAAAUUCUGGCAAAUCCUGUCUGCUGUUGAUUACUGUCACGGUCGACAGAUUGUGCACCGUGACCUCAAGGCUGAAAAUCUCCUGCUGGAUAACAACAUGAAUAUCAAGAUAGCAGAUUUCGGUUUUGGAAAUUUCUUUAAAAGUGGUGAACUGCUGGCAACGUGGUGUGGCAGCCCCCCUUAUGCAGCCCCAGAAGUCUUUGAAGGGCAGCAGUAUGAAGGACCACAGCUGGAUAUUUGGAGCAUGGGAGUGGUUCUUUACGUUCUUGUCUGUGGAGCUCUACCUUUUGAUGGACCAACUCUUCCAAUUUUGAGGCAGAGAGUUUUAGAAGGAAGAUUCCGGAUUCCAUAUUUCAUGUCAGAAGAUUGUGAGCACCUUAUUCGAAGGAUGUUGGUCCUGGACCCGGCCAAACGGCUGACCAUAGCGCAAAUCAAGGAGCAUAAGUGGAUGCUCGUGGAAGUUCCCGUUCAGAGGCCUGUUCUCUAUCCACAAGGGCAAGAAAACGAGCCGUCCAUCGGGGAGUUUAAUGAGCAGGUUCUGCGAUUAAUGCACGGCCUUGGAAUAGAUCAACAGAAAACCAUUGAGGCUUUGCAGAACAAGAGCUAUAACCACUUUGCUGCCAUUUAUUACUUGUUGGUGGAGCGCCUGAAAUCACACAGGAGCAGUUUUCCUGUGGAGCAGAGACUUGAUGCCCGCCAGCGUCGGCCUAGCACCAUCGCCGAACAAACAGUUGCCAAGGCACAGACUGUGGGGCUCCCGGUGACCGUGCAUUCACCCAGCGUGCGAGCGAUGCGAUCUGCCCUCCUCCCACAGGCAUCCGCCGUGGACGCCUUCGCGUUUCCCGCGUCUGGCUGUCAGGCAGAGACAGCGUUCAUGGAGGAAGAGUGUGUCGACACUCCAAAGGUAAACGGCUGUCUCCUGGACCCUGUGCCUCCCAUCUUGGCGAGGAAGGGGUGCCAGUCCCUGCCAAGCAAUAUGAUGGAGACCUCCAUCGAUGAAGGGCUGGAGACCGAAGGCGAAGCCGAGGAAGACCCCAGUCAGGCCUUCAACGCCUUCCAGUCCACACGCGGCGGGCAGAGGCGGCACACGCUGUCAGAAGUGACCAAUCAGCUGGUCGUGGUGCCUGGUUCAGGGAAAAUUUUCUCCAUGAGUGACAACCCCUCCCUUGACAGUGUGGACUCUGAGUAUGAUAUGGGGUCUGUUCAGAGGGACCUGCACUUUCUUGAGGACAACCCUUCCCUCAAGGACAUGAUGUUAGCCAACCCGCCCUCACCGCGCAUGACGUCUCCCUUCGUGAGCUUGAGACCUGCCAACCCCGCCAUGCAAGCCCUGAGCGCCCAGAAGCGCGAGGCCCACAAUAGGUCUCCAGUGAGCUUCAGAGAGGGCCGCCGGGCGUCGGACACCUCCCUCACCCAAGGAAUUGUAGCAUUUAGACAACACCUUCAGAAUCUGGCUAGAACCAAAGGAAUCCUAGAGUUGAACAAAGUGCAGCUGCUUUAUGAGCAGAUGGGCUCAGAGGCAGACCCCAGCCUGGCCUCUCCCGCCGCUCAGCUCCAGGACCUGGCCAGCAGUUGCCCGCAGGAGGAAGCGCCUCCACAGCAGAAGAGCGUGUCUGCGCUCCCCGGGGGCAGCGCACACCCGCAGCUCUCCCAGCGCCGCAGCCUGGAGGCCCAGUACCUGCAGCACCGACUCCAGAAGCCCAGCCUUCUGUCAAAAGCCCAGAACACCUGUCAGCUUUAUUGCAAAGAACCGCCACGGAGCCUGGAACAGCAGCUGCAAGAACAUAGACUCCAGCAGAAGCGGCUCUUCCUCCAGAAACAGUCCCAGCUGCAGGCAUAUUUUAAUCAGAUGCAGAUAGCAGAGAGCUCGUACCCACAACCCCUUCCCCACCAGGAGACGCCGCCGCCCUCCCAGCCGCCGCCGCCUUUCAGCCUGACCCAGCCCCUGAGCCCCGUCCUGGAGCCGGCUUCCGAGCACAUGCCGUUCAGCCCCUUCCUCAGCCCAUACCCCGAGAUGCGGCUGCAGCCGCUGCCCGCCUCGCCGGGGGGCCGCGGGGCCCCGCCGCCCCCGCCGCCACCGUCGGGGAAUGCCCCGGCCCCCUUACAGUUCUAUCAGACUUGUGAGCUGCCGGGCGCGGCCACCCCGGAGCCCGAGCGCCCCACUCCCGGUCAGUACCCCGCGGAUGGAACCCCGCAGAGUAGCAUGGACGGGCCGGACUGUCCCAGGAGCUCAGGACUGCAGGAGGCCCCCUCCGGGUACGACCCUCUGGCGCUCUCCGAGUUCCCCGGACUCUUUGAUUGUGAAAUGCUGGAAGCCGUGGACCCACAGCACAGCGGCUACGUCCUGGUAAAUUAACCUCAGCUUCACAGGAAGUGAGGCGGGUUGGGUGAAAAGAGUAUUGUCUUUCUAUUUUCAUUCCAGCCUUUUAAACGUAAAAGCUCGUUUUCCCGCCCUCUCCCUGAAGGGGAAGAAGUCAAGUCACCCAACUGGAAUUGGAGGGCCGGCCAGCCAGGUGUCGCCUCCUGCUGGCUCUGUCCCACCGUGGUUUUCUGUGGCAAGUGCUGGAACGUGGUUGUCGGCUGCAGCUCAUGCCUUUAGGUCAAGUGGACCGAGCUCUCAGCUCCGGAGGCACUAACAAAAGUUUCAUAAGAAAAAGACAUCCAGACCUAGGUUCUGCACAGAACUACAUCAGUUCAUCAAGGGAAACCUCGGUGAAAGCAGGAAAAAAAAUAUGUGCCAUUAUAUGCAGGCAAAAAAAGAAAAAGGCAAUAUAUUUUUCACUGAAACAAGCAACAGCAUGUUCCUCAAAGGCAAAUCAAGAAUACAUAUUGAAACUGAUGCACAGGAAAUAAAGUUGUACUUUGUCGCUGAAUCGUUAAGUUCUGAGCUGCUGAUGCAUGGUGUUCCCGAGACCACUCAAAACGGUAGAGCGUGAGCUCUGUUUCAGGGUCCGCUGCGGAACAGCGGGCACUGAUCCCUGAGACCGGCGGCCACCUCCGUCAGAGCAUGGGUGACACCUCCUCGGAAGGUCCCGGGGUUCCAGAGUGUCCGAGUGUCCUGAGAGCUCCCAAAGAUGUCACCUGUGGAACCAAGAGACACGCGGCAGUGGAGACCAGGGGCGGGAAAGUCAAGAAUCGGUAGAGAGCAGCAGCCCCGGGCCAGGGAAGACGGGCUCUUCCCGCACGGUCUUCUGUGGAGACUUCCGGUUUGGGGCAGUUGGUCUGUAGGGGACCUCGUGUCUCUUUUAAAAAUGUAAUAACUACUUUGACUUUACACUAGGUGUUGCUAGUUGUUUAUUGAGCUUUGUAUAUUUGGACAGUUUCAUAUAGGGCUUAGAAAUUUUAAGGACGAGGAAAAAUGAACUUUAUCUCCCAUGUGAAGUGGUAGUGCUGUGCCUUUCCCCUCCCCCAAAUCACGCUUUAACAAUUUCUUUUCUGUAGAAAUCAACAGUUUUCCAUUUAUGUCAAUGCUAAAUCCAAAGUCACUUCAGAAUUUGUUUUCCACCAUGUGGGAAUCACAUCCUUAAUUUCCUUAGAGUUUUGACGUGUAAUGAAAUGUUCAAGUAUUACAGCAAUAUUCAGAAGACCACAGAUGUGUUAACCAUUUGAACAGAUUCAUCUGCCAAACAUAUAUUACUCGUACAACUGAACCCUUACAAUUCAGUCUUCAGAGUACGUGAAAAGAGAUGCCACAGCUAGUUGACUGUGUAACCUAGAAAUAAUGAGUAAUCUGUCAUUGGGACAGUAAGAUCCAAGUGAUACAAAUUCAGUAUUAUGUACAAAGACUCUCGUCUCUGUCCCUUAGAAUGGCUUGUCCUGUGAGCAGAUGAACACGUAAGCACAAAGCAUCUCCCUUAAAGCACAGAGAAGAGAGAUACUACACUGACGCUGCAUCUAGAAAACACCCUUAAGGUGCCUUUCCUCUGUAGUGCGUGUGCAGGCAGGCGAGGAGAAGCGUGCAGGGUCUAGGGGUUCCCUGACGGCGGCGCUCCGCAGGCACUCUGCUCGGGGCUGGACUCUGUGUGAGCAUGGGAGGGCGGUGUGGAGGGCUUGCUUUUGUGAUUGGAUAAGACGCAGCAGAAACCCAAGAAGGAAGUAGGCUCCUUCUACGAAUUGUGUAUUCCUCCUCAUGGUUAAGAUGGAUGAUUUUGUGAAAUAGGCAACAUCGUCUAAGAGAUCCUUUCAUUAAGAUCUCUAAUCUUUUCUAAGUUUUUGCAAAAUAAGCCAGUUGUAAAACAAGCUUGAUUUGUUUAGACUGAAGGAUGUUUUCCCAAAAUGUUCUACAGAAGUGCUAUAAUAUUUAUGAAAUUAAAUGCCUUCCGGAUUGAAGACGGGGGCCUCUUAUUUCAGAGUCCCUAGGAUGGCAGAGUUGCAGACCAGGCCAUGAGCCGCUGAGCCCAGGAAAGCUGCGGGCUCCGGCAGGACCACUGGGCUGACGGAUGAGGCAGCAGAGGCUCUGGGAGUGUCACGGCCCCAGAGGUGGGCCCUGGGGAGCACCCAGCAGUGCCCGGGUCUGUUCAGACCGCAGACCACGGGCGAGGAGCAUGACCCGUCCUGCUGGACUGUGUUGUAAGCUCCUGUUUGCUUUUCUCAUUUAUUUCAAGCAGGAAUCAAUAAAUUCCAUAACGAUCUGUAUUCUCUGAAAUGUAAGCUGGUGAGAGGAGGCUGGUUCUGUUGUUCAGUCAGGCAUUUUCCCACCCCAUCUGACUAUCUCCUUUGCUGUGUCCCCUGACUAGUGACCUGUGUGAGCCUCCAAGCUGUUUUCUCUUCACAAAUACUAAGGUAACACUAAGAAGGCUUGUACUACUCUUUUUAUAAGAGAGGUACUCUGAAACGACGCCUUUGCAGUCUGUCUCACACCAGUGUGUGUACACUACUGUAUGAUAACCAUUAGCAGCAUCACCCUCUUUGUAAACCAGGCUCCUCUGAAGACACUUUGGUGAGAGGAACGUGAGGUAAAAACUUCAUUCAGCAAAAAGUGCAAUAUGUGUGGUACUUUAUUUUCGUUUAUGCUUUCUUUUUUAAAUCCGGGAUAUUAGUCUAUGCUUUGGGAGAAAAAGCACUAUUUCUGCAGUGUCCAAUUGGGGAAGUGUGUCUCUAGUAUUUAUGUGCAGCUGAUACGCGGGUCCCUGUAAGGCAAACAGAGCACGUUAGCACAGCAGGCGGGGGUGGAGGGUCCUCUCGAAACGGCGACGCGGACGCCCCAUCCUCCCCCGCCACCUUGGGAACAGGAGGAGGAGGAAGGUUCUCCACGCCAGCCAUCCUCCAGUUUCCACAUGCGGGGCCCGUCAAGGAGGACGAAGAGACGGAGCUGAAGGGCUCCUCCCUCCCCGCGUCAGACCUCCAAGGACAGACAGUCGGCGUCCCCUUGUCCCUCAGCGUCGGAGCCGUGACCUGAGCCGGUCUGCUGGGGCUGGCCGGAGCCGCUGAGGGACCGGGGCCCGCGCCCUGCCGGGGAGGGAGUGGCGCCCUCUCGUGGCGGCACUGGCCGUUUCCUCUCGGCCCGAAAGGGUGGGUCUUAGAGAAAUGAAUUCUGCCUAAUUGCCAGAGUUGGGAAGAAGGGUGUGAUCAUAGCUGAAGCCUGCAUGGCUGGCCAACCAGAUACGAAAGGAAGGUAAAAAGCAGCCGCCUUCGCUCUGGCCAGUCAGGGGUGCAAGUGCAUAGUGGUCAAAAGGAGGCCCUGCUCAGGUGAGGGCAGUUACCACGAGUGGACGUGAGGAAGGGAAUGCUUUCCCUGGCAGGGUCCUCCCAGCCGCAGUCAAGCCCCAGGUUAAUACUGGGUUCUGUGUUGGGGUCAGAAUUUUCUAGCCACGAUUACAUUUAAAAGCCUGUAUGAGGAGUCACACUUGAGUUGGUUUAAGAGAAAUCUCACUCCAGCUAAUUUUUCACAUUUGUUCUCCUUUGAGACAAUACGUAGGGUCUUUUGACAACAUUGGUCCCGUGAGCAGUGGCGGAGUCCGUUCGGGGCUGACCUUGGCUGCACCUGGACCCCUAAACUGGGCUGCCUCUACUGCCUCCUCGGAAGCCACACGAGCCACUCAGUCUCUUUGUGCCUAGAAAUCAAAGGUAAAACCUGGAGAACAGGUAGUAAGUUGGAGUCACUGUACAGACAGGGAUCUUUGAUGAUUUUAUUGCUUCUGGAAAUUUUUCUAGAACUUGUCUUCAGAGUAAUGUGUGGAAGACAAGAACGGUGUCAUCUGCCUCUUUCUAAACUGGGACCAAAAGAAUUUAACAAAUCCGCGUAUCCCUUCUAACAGGUUUGGUAGUGCGGCGGUCCCUGGCCUGUGGUCCCAGGGAGGAGGCUGAUGACGGAGCGCUGUCUGUCAGCCCGCGGCCCCUGGAAGGCAUGAGGGGACCCAGGCUGGCCUUCCCCAGCACCCCCCAGACCCUGGACCCCGAGACCCUGGCCUCACAGUGCCCCUCCCAUCUUUGUUUCACUGCUCCUCCCCAUGAAGGUGGCCUGGCUGAUUCCAGAAGACUCACAGCCGCCCUAGUUACACCACCAUCUUGCCCAUAUCUCAUAUGCAGAUUUCAACACAUUGGGCAGAGUCAUGCACCUGCUGUUGCAGAGACUGAGAAAGACGCAGCAGCACUGCCCACAGUCAGGGUGGGUUUGCUGGUUCCUGCCAGGCAUCAGCUCGUCUGUCCAAAAGGAGCAGUAGCUUCUAUCUGUUCAUUGAUUUACCCAGCACUUUCACAAGUGAUCUCUGCUAAUUCCUCACAGCAGUACUAUGAAAUUAGUUGAGCAGUUAGUCCUCAUUUUUUACAGCUGAGGAAACCAAAGCUCUGUGAAGACUGACGUCCAAGCCACAGAGCUCAGGAGUAGAGGAGCUGAGGGAGGCUCUUGGGAUGCUCUUCCCUCCUCAGUAGCAGUUGAGGCAUCUCACGAGUAAACAGCUAUAUAAGCAAAGCCCCAUGUUGGUUAAGCGCUGGAUAAAUGUGACAUUGUCCCCGAAACCUUAUUCCCAAUCGACUGCUGCCUGGCUUUGGUGGAAGGGCUGCCCUCCAGGUAGCAGCCGUGCAUGAGCGAGGCCCAGGGAGACGGAGAGCCCACAGGAGCCGUCUUCCAGUGUCCAGUUAACUGCAAAUGCUCAGGCUCAUGUCAGCGAUGCCUCGUUUCUCCAUCUCCCAAAAUAAAAUAAUUUCCUGCAGAAGCUGGUAAUAGGACACACCCUUUCUUGAUGCCAAGGGGUCCAAUUGCACAGCUUUAGCCACCAUUGCAGACGAACAGACUCAACCCCAAGAAAGGGUCCUGCUUAGAAAAGAAUCAGGAGCUCAAUACAGUCCUGAGGAGGGGGGUGGAGCAUAUUUACAGUGAAGGCCCAUAGAGUUAAAAAAAUAACAUACUUUGAAUACUUUUGUCUUCAGAGGCAAAGUGGGUGGGUAGGGAGAAGCUUUAAAAAUAGAAGUACAAAAUAACAUCCUGGAAAAAUGUGACCCCAGAUUGGAAUAAUGUUACAUUAGCAAAUACAGAUAACUGGGCCUUGCUAGGGGCUGUGAGAUGCUUAUCUGUUCAAGAUUUGCUCAGUCAAGGAAAUUCAUGUGGUGAUAUCAUCCCACUAUUGAUGGCGAAAGAAAUCUGCCUCCACCAAAAUCUCUGAAGGCAAAAGAACCACAGAGAAAGGAGGUUUGCUUCUCUUUGGGGGUUGCAAUUUAGAAAACAAAAGUGAUAGAGAUAUUUGCACUUUGUAGAAAAGGCAAGAUUAUUUGCUUAUUUCUGAAGGGAGGAGGGUGGUCUUUGCUGGAUGUUUGGUUUUGUGAAAGAGUUACUUUUGAUAAAAUUAAUCUAAUUGUAGUUAUUUUUUCUGUGUGCUUUUUUUUUUAAUUACUAAGAAAAAAUGGUGAGUUCAAUAGCUUUGGUAUUUUGAGUGCAAAUCAUAAUAGCUCCAAUGUGAAAAAAAUCAAAAUGUAACCUGUCACUCAAUGUUAGAAAAUUGCUUAAAAUACAGUUUAAUAAAUGAUCUUUGUAUCAAACGUAAUUUAAAUGGGGUAAUUUUCUGCAAGGAAAAUGUACUGUUUCUACCUUUCCAACCCUCUUGAAUUAAAAUAAAAACAACUUGUUUUCUAA